AUGCCACCUGCUUCAUUUUCUUCCCUCCCCCUAGAGAUCACCAUCCUCAUAACUACCCAUUUGGCCCAACACGAUUUGGCACAAUGUGUCCGCGUCUGCCACUACUGGUUCACGUUCUUCACUCCUUCACUCUGGCGGACUGUAAAGGCUGACGACCGAUUCUCUGGCGAGGAGAUGACGGCGCUUGUUGCCAGGAACGCGCAUUUUAUUCGGGACCUUGAACUUGUCAACCCUCAGAUCGCAAAAGUGCUGGCGACCCUUAAGACAGAAAGAGAAGGAGGAGAAGGAGGAGGGCUUCACUCGUUGGUUGUGAGUUUUGAACGAGUUAGACGAGGGCCUCUCCCGAGGUUGGAGUUACUACCAGAGCAGGAACAGGAACAGGCGGGGGUGGAGACGCGGGUACAGUCAUCUGCAAGUUCGCAGCGGCAGCAGAUUGAAGAGUGUGGAAACGCUCAAUUGUUGGGCAAACUUAUGAGGGCGAACCAGGGCCUAAAAUUCGUGUCAGCCGACGAGACUUGCUUUCGGAACAACGACGGGACGGACGCCUUCCAACUAUUUAUUGGCUGCUGCCCUACAACAUCCCUGGAACGACUGGAGCUUCGAUUCCGCAACCGACCCUCUCCUCUCUCCCCAGUCGCGGAUUCUUCGACUUCAUUUAACGAUCUAGGCGAUACCCACAAAGAGCUGUUUGCAUCGGCGCCAGGGAUACCCUUAUUCGGCCCUUUCAAGGUCUUAAAGGAGCUACUGAUCUCUGGCGGUAAUUUUCAUAUCGCCCCUCAGCGCCUUGCCUUCCUCGGUCGAUGUGCCAGUCUGGAGCGACUCCUACUCGACAACAUUGGCAGGAUCCCCAUGGCGUCGCUGAGUGCAGCUCUUCGCAUGAGUUGUCCUCAUCUGUCCAUCCUGGAGGUGAAGGGGCCGAACAAUGGACCAGAUAACGAUCUGGCUUACCUACUCUCGUCCGCCAAGAACCACUGGAGAGAAGUUUCGUUGCCGGACAUGGGCGGAUUCGGGACAGAGGCGUUUACGAUUCUGAUGGCUAGUGUCCGAACGAGGUUGGAGGUACUGAAGGUGGAGGGAUGGGGUGACCUUGGGGGGACAGAGUUUUUGGAUAUACUCUGUUCUGCUCAGCAUCUCAGACGACUUGAGGGGCCCGCGGAUGGGAAGGCUCAGGAGAACACGACGGAGCUGACCAUAUGGGCUUAUUUGGCAUUCCGUCAACAUACUCAUGAAAAGGAUCGGUCUUGGGCUUUGGGGCCAUCUUUGGAGUUCCUGCAGAUCUGGAUCGACGAUGUUCCUCGACCUGACAUUGUUUGUCAACGAGACGGAGACCCACUUCCUCUUGAUCCAGAUGUACCCGAAGAGGCAGAAGAUAUGCAUCCCCGGUACGACGUUCAGCGGUGGGUUUAUACGCAGCUGGGGAGGCUUACGGGUCUUCAGGAGCUGAUUUUGGGAGUGAAGGAGUUGGAUAACAUGGCGUUGUUGGCAAGAAAUGUUGCUCAUUUGUCUUACGACCCGAUUGCCUUGGAGGGGUCGUUGCGGCAUGUGGCUCCUACAUUUAUUUACCGCUCCUUGGAGUUCUCGCUGGAGAGUGGGCUGGAGUUGUUGGCGGAGAUGAAGGAAUUGAGGGUCCUGGAUGUCAAAUCGACUGCGCAUAGGAUUGGAGUUGCGGAACUGGACUGGAUGCAUGUCAACUGGCCCAAGCUGAAGGAGAUCAAAGGGUUGAUGUCGAAGCGAGAGUGGUUGGGUGAUGCAGAGGCUGGAUUGGAGGUUAUGGGUGCAGUGGAGAAGUGGCUGGAUUCCCAUCCUCACGGCAUUGGCUCUUCAUUUUAUAGUUAA